UUGAGUUAAGAAAAGACUAGAGUCAGGUUACACGGAAACGUGUCGGUAGGGUGGGAGCGCCAUGGCCCCGCCAGGUCCUAUGGGCACAUGUACGUCGAAAGUAGCAGCAGUGCUGAACAUCAAGAGACGCUUGAGGUACAGACGGCAUCGGCUAAUCGUGUUUACGAGGUACCCGUCACCGGGAAGCACCAAGUCCAGGCUGAUAUCGGUUCUGGGCGAACAGGGAGCGGCUCUGGCGCAACUGUACAUGACGAACAAGACGAUAUGGGAAGCAGCAGGGCAACUCCAAAAGAGGCGUCCAGACGAUAUUUCUGUUGAGGUACGCUACACCGGAGGCACUGCAGACGACCUGAGGUACUGGUUGGGGUUUAGGAGAGACCUGGAUACAUGGUGGAGCGUCCAGGAGGGAAAGGAUCUCGGCCACAAAAUGGCAAAAUCUUUCAAUGAUGCAUUCAUGGAUGGAGCUGAAAGUGUAGUAUUGGUGGGUACCGACAUACCCGCCAUUACGGCAGAUGUCUUGGAAGAGGCAUUUCAGACAUUGGAGUCCGCACAAGAAGAGGACACUUGUGUCAUUGGUCCUGCUAAGGAUGGCGGGUACUAUCUCAUUGGCCUCAACCGACACACUCGGACAUGGGUCGUAGAUGACCUAUUUCAGGAUAUCGCAUGGGGUACAGACAGUGUGCUUCAACAACAGAUACAGGCUGCAGAACAACGGGGAAUACACUGCAGUCUAUUGCCUUAUAGGCUACAGGAUGUGGACACCAAAGAUGACCUUGACGAAUUUGAGUUGCGGACUGGAAUUAGUCGACAGGAACUGUCGGCUCCGAGUUGGACGGUCAUCAUCCCUGUUCUCAACGAAGCGAAGAACGUUAAGUCGGCGAUAGACAGCGCCAUGCAGACUGCAUCAUCAACGAGUUCCCACACUGAGGUGGUGGUAUGUGAUGGUGGGAGUACAGACGGUACACCAGACGUCGUGAAGAGUGUUGCACAGUUGUAUCCUGAAGGCACAGUCAAGUUUGUGUCAAGUCCUAAAGGAAGAGGUGUCCAGAUGAACACCGGUGUCCAGCAUGCAACAGGAGACUACUUGUUGUUUCUGCACGCUGACACAUGUCUACCGUCGUCAUGGCAACGUGUGGCUUUCAGGACGCUUUGUAAGCCCGGAGUGUCGAUGGGAGCCUUCCGUUUUGGUCUGAAGGAUAAAUCAGCUGAAGGAUCAGACAACAGCAGUGAUAGCUGGUGGUUCGAGUUGCAGAUGAGAUUCUUAGUGUGGAAUGCCAACCUGAAGUCAACACAGUUCGAGCUUCCAUACGGAGAUCAAGCUUUCUUCAUGACGACGAGACAAUUCCUGGAAGUCGGGGGCUUCCCGGAAUUCCUUCUGUUGGAGGAUGUCAAGAUGGUGGCGUUGAUGAAACGUCACGGUCACGUGGCCAUAGCAGAAGGCGACCCCGCGCUGACGUCCGACCGGAAAUGGAGGCAGCACGGUUAUUUUCAGGUGACAGCGCGGAACAUUCUGGUGAUGCUGGCCUCCAAACUAGGGGUGCACCCAGACACGCUGGCAGGGUGGUACUAUAGCCCUGUCAGGAGCUUAACAGCGACGGAUAAUCAGUGCCCGUCAUCUUGAAUCUUUCACAUGUUGACUUCGUAUCACGGGACGUAAGCUUCCCCGUUGGCUUUUAUCUAUAGGACCGCUGGUACAAGUGUAUUUCAUCCUAUAUAUGAAUUCAGUUACAUUCUAGGAGUGAACAAUUCUUGCAGUGUGCAACAAGGUAGAUAUAUACAUAGCAAGAAAAUGUUUGGUAGUAGAUGCUAGUUAAAUCCGAUAUACACAUAUACCCCAUUAUAACGAUGUCUAAAUGAUUGUGUUUACUUUGGUGUAUCUAUAAUAGUUGUCAAAGACCGUACAGAAGUCCCUGUAUUGUGUACAUUGUUGUAUCAAUUAAAUUACCAUACCUUACUAUUCCAUA